CAAGUUCUGCAUGACCACCACGCCAAUGCAACUUGCAAGGGCACUGGCAGAGAUUGCAUUUUCAGAUUCAAGAAGCAAAGUUUGUUGAGCGUUCAGUCGCGCCGAACUGUUGUGCAGCAUUGGCUGUGGGCAGGGUAAGGAAGACUUCGGCAUCUCUAGUACUGCGGGGCGCAUCCCCGCCCUGGGUGUCCCCCAGCUGGCUGCGCGGUGGAGCGAGGCAUGGGGCUGGGCAUUGCCAUUGUGCUGCCAUUUGGCCUGGUGUUCUUUGCAAGCGGGUUGCUCAUCAAUGCAGUGCAGCUGGUGACCCUGCUGCUCAUCUGGCCCUGCUCGCGGCGCCUGUACCGCCAUGUCAACUACUACCUCAGCCUGCUCCUCUGGGCCCAGGUCGUCUUCAUUGCCGACUGGUGGGGCGGCAUGAAGCCCAAGCUGUUCGUGGAGCCCGAGACUCUUGACAAGAUGGGCAAGGAGGCGGCCAUUGUUGUGUGCAACCACCGCAGUGACGUCGAUUGGCUCGUCGGCUGGGGCAUGGCCAACCGGGUGGGCUGCCUGGCGGGCGCCAAAGCCGUCAUGAAGAAAUCGUCACGCCUACUCCCAGUGUUUGGGUGGUCCAUGUGGUUCCAGGAGUACAUCUUCCUGGCGCGCAACUGGGCCGUGGACCAGGCAAUCCUCGAAAAGGGUUUUUCGCAGCUGGCCUCGUAUCCGCGCCCUUCCUGGCUGUGCCUGUUCGUGGAGGGCACCCGCUUCACGCAGGCCAAGCUGCGCGCGGCGCAGGAGUUUGCCGCCUCCAAGGGCCUCCCCGUGCCUCAACACACCCUCGUGCCCAAAACCAAGGGCUUUGUGACGGCGGUGCAUCACAUGCGCCACGAGGUGAAGGCCGUCUACGACAUCACGUUCGCCCCGGUGGGUUUCCCCAUGUCCAUGGCCGGCCUCUUCCAGGGGCGCGGCGGCGAGAUCCACGUGCGCCUGCAGCGGUACGACAUUGGCGCCCUGCCGGAAGACGACGAGGGGGUCGCCGAAUGGUGCCGCGACGUCUUCAUAGCCAAGGACAAGAUGCUGGCGGAGCACGAGCGGGUCGGCACCUUCCCGGAGGAGCUGUACAAGCCGCAGCCGCGGCCGCGCAACUCGCUGCUGAUCACGUGCGCCUGGUCGUUGCUGGUGUGGGGCCUGGCGCUGCGGGCGCUGGUGCUGGCGGUGGCGUCGGGCCACGUGACGGCGCUGUCGGUGGGGGUGACGUGCGGCGGGCUGGCGCUGCUGGCGGCUAUCAUGGUCUUCUUCCUGCGCUACUCCCAGGCCGAGCCCACCGCGGUCCUCCCCCGGCGGCACCAAGAUUGACAAUUACUGGGCAGCUCGUGACGGCGGCUCGGCCCCCCCCCGCACCAGCUGCCGCUGUCACCCUCCACCGCUCGCGUUGACGCCAAAGAGGUGCCCGCCUCGCCCCAGUCAAGCCUGGCUCCUUGAAGGUAAUAUAGAAAGGCCCUUCUCGUCAUAACAACGGGCCCGCACAAGAGUUGAGUUCUUCCGAAUGUAUGUGGAGAUCAGGGUUCAAUGUGGUCCUACGACAACGGGCAAUGUCUCUGAACUGCAGAAAGUGACACUUUUCAAAGCACAGAGCGCCAGCGUAUAUUUGAGCUUCCUGUGGCGCAUUGAAAAGCUGUAGAACCUAAAAUAUAGCGCCAUUUUGUUUUUGUCAUAAGGCAGUGACUUUGACUUACUGGUGGACGAGUGAAUAGUUCGAUGCUGCCUCGUCAAUUCAGCAUGUAUUUAUAUGUUCAACCGUGCUGCAGUCACAGGCUUAUCGUUGAUGUAUGAGCCACACGGGG